AUGUCAAAAUAUGCAAGUCUUAACGUUACCGUUAAUUAUAAAGGAAAAGCGAAGAAAUCAAGAAAAUUUGCUGAGGUUAAACGUCUACUAAAUCCUAAUGAUUCAAGAUUGCCACAAGUAGCUUCUUCGUUAUUCUUUAGACAUAAUACAGCUUUAGGUCCUCCUUAUCAAAUUUUGGUGGAUACAAAUUUUAUUAAUUUUUCAAUUCAAAAUAAAUUGGAACUUAUACAGGCUAUGAUGGAUUGCCUUUAUGCUAAAU